GCGCGCACGCGUAUUGGCUUCGUUCUCGGAUACGGCCGCCCCCUCUCUGUCUCCUCACCUUUCAUCUUCCUCUCCUCGCACACGCAACCUUUGCCUCCUCUCCUCUCCCUUUCCUCUUCCCCUUCUUCUCCUCGACACGAAAGCAAGCUUGGCGAUUGGGAUUCAAGCGCCAGCGCUCCAAAUCCGGCGGAGGGGUGGCGCGCGCCGGCGGCGGCGAUUUCGAUUUGUGGUAGUCCUCACUGCUGGAGGCGGCUGCCCGAUCCAGCCACCGGUGAACAAACUCCCGACCAUCCCUCCUUGCCCGCGUCUCUAGCCCGUACUCGUUUUCGCCACCAUCCUCGACGCGUCUGGCGUAGGAGGCUGGGGGUGGUCGUGGUGGCGGCACAGAUCCGAGGAAGGAGCGAGUGGGAGGAGAAGGCAGCGGUGGAGGUUUUGAUCUAUCGACAUGGGAGGCGGAGCGAUCUGGACGAGAUGACUGGUGCAGGUUUCCUCACCAUGCUGCGACCAGCACCUACGCAGGUGAUUGGUGUUGUUGUCCUUUUCGACAGCGGCAGCGGACGGCGCUGGGCGGCAAGCCCAUCAGUGCCCGUGUGCCCCGACCGGUGCGGACUGCUUGCGUAGGGCCACAACAGCUGCUUGCUCAAGCCUGCGUGUGGACUGCCCGUGAUCGGCUGCCCCGCUGCCUAAAAUAUACGUGCCCUUAAGGCUUGGUGUCCAUGGGGAUAGAAAACUGAGUUGAUUUCAAGUGGUACCUGAACGUCUACACAAGAUUUGACUAAAACUUCCUCCUACUAGAUUUCACAAGAGAGCCUUCUAUUCUCCUUUUUAGAACUGAAUAUAUUUGAUGUGCCGUUCAAUAGCAAUGUAGAUACACUGACUCUGCUUUUUCACUAUCAAACAGUCCCAACAAUAGGACUCUCUGCAAAAUCAAUUCUGGUGUCUUGUACUCUUGUUUAAUUGUUUUAUUUGAUGCGAGCUAAGAUUGAUUUCCAGCUCAUCUCCAUGGGUUCCCCGAGGUGAGCGCGAUGCUGAGGAGAGAUGGCGUCGAGGACGACAUCCGAGGACAUCAUCACGCUCAUGGCUUCGCCGCCAUCGUCAUCGAGUUUUUUGGUUUCACAGCAAACAGGUGUGCGAUGGGCCGGCAACCAGUGGCGCCAUCUCUAUCCCCGACACUAGAUAAUAGCGUGGCUAAUGGCCUGCACGCGGUGCGCCUGUCUGUGCCCGUGCGCUCAGGCCGGUGCGGACUGCGACUACGCGUAGGGCCGCCGCAGCUGCUUGCUCAAGGCGGCGUGCGGACUGCCUGGAUCUAAGACGACACAUAUCCCACUUCUGCCCGUCAUGCUAAUUUGGGUGCUUUUUUGGAGGUGUGGGAUUGGGCAGUGCUAUAGCUCUGUUAUUUUCCUUAUCUAUGUGGUUUCUUUGUACUAUUUCAUAGGUUGGGAAGCAGUCAAUGGGUGAUUAUCGAAUGUGUCGGAACUUCCAAGCAAAUGUCUCUCUGUGGCUAAAAUAAAUCUUAUUUCCCCUCAAGUCACUAAACUGCAAUGGGUAGUUGGUCGGUCGCUGUCAAUUGAAUGUGGGAAUUGAAAUGUCUUGCCGUUUUACAAUUCUUGUUUUGCUUCACAAUAUUCUCUGUUAAAUAGACCUGUUAGUAUCUAUGAAACUACUACGCUUGCUUUGCUUUAUGAAUGAACACUUGUCUCCUGCAGUUUUUACCGUGUCUUAUAUUCGAACCACUACGCUCAUCUGGUCUGCCUCUUUUUUCUUUUGCUGAAUUAUACAUGUUGUCAUGCAAAGACAUUAACAAAUAUGAAAGCUUCGAGAGUGCGCGCAAUUUUGCCUCUCAAGAGGCGCCACCUGGUGGCGCCCCAGCCACUAGUAAUUUUGCAAGUAGCGGCGGCUGGACGGACCUCCCAAGCGAUCUCCUUGGCCGCAUCUUGCAACUCCUUGAGCUCCUCGAAGCUCUCGCUGCCGCAGCCGUUUGCACUUCAUGGUGCUCAGCCGCAGCGGCCGCCGGCGUCCCUCGUGGCCUCACGCCGUGGCUCAUUAGCUGGAAACCCGACAACUGCCGGAGCAGCGAGUUCCGGAACCUCAUCGGCACCCGCGAGACCCACAAGGUUAGCUUGCCCACCGGGCGGCGCAACCCCGAGUUGUGUGGAGCCUCGCAUGGAUGGCUCGUCGCGUCGGACGAGCUCUCCAAGAGUGAAUUGCAAAAAACAUUGACACUUCAGGCUGGUUUGCAGAAACCACACAUAUACAAAAUUAUGCCAAAAAGCAUUAAUUUUUUUCAUAAUUUUUUGCAAAAAACACUAGUUGCUCAUUUGGACCGUUUUAAGUGCGUUUAUGACAGGGGGCCGCAUCCGUCGACGUGGCAUCACUGUUCACACGGCAACGCCGUUAGGCGGCGUUACACGCCGUCGGCGCACCGGUUCGAGCCGGGCGGGUCAAACACCCCGAAGCGGUGCAGGCCCACCCCCAGCCCUCACUCUCUCCUGUCCUUCUCCCUCUCUUUGCUCCCGCUCGUUCGCCGCUGCUGUCCCCUCCCACAUCUCCGACCGCCGUCGCCGUCGCGUCGCCAUGGUGUCCUGGUCUGAUGACGACAGCAGCGAGAACUCUCACAAGUACGCCGACUCAGCUUCAGACGAGGGCAUCAUCAAGGUGAGUUGCUUGAGCUCAAGCUAGGGUUAGGGCUGCGAUUUGGGGAUUUUUCUGUUGAGCUUGAUCUGAAGUUUUGUUGUCUUUCCUUUGCACCUCCAAAUCCCUAAGACCAUGGAUGACUCCGAUUUCGAGGGCACUAAACCUGAUGCUUUGUGCAAUGAACUCCCUGCCAGCAGAGAGGCGUGUUGCUUUCCAGGGCAUCCAUACUGGCAGGAGGUUCCUUGCUUGUGCUGUGAAGGUAUAUGCCAAAUCUAUGCUAAUCUGGUCACUGUUUAGUGCUGAUUUUAUAGUUAGCAGAUCUGGUGUGCUAGUUGCUCAGUGAGGUCAUUGUUUAUAUGUGAGCAUGUGCAGAGUAUUGUUAGCAGAUCUGGCAUGUUAGUUAGGUUGCUAAUUAGUUAUGUAUUUUUUGUGAUAGUGGUGGGUUAGUGAGGUCAUUGUUUAUAUGCCAGUAUGUGCAUAGGGUUGGGAGCACUGAUUGAGACUUCUUACUUUAUAGCAUAUGGAUUAGUGAGCACUGUAAUUGUUUAACUCAUUGUGUCAUAUAGCUAGCUCAUACCUGUUUGUUUAACUCAUUCUGUUACUUUAUACCUGUUUGUUACUUUAUAGCAUGUGGAUUAGUGGGCACUUUACACCAUUUGUUACUUUAUAGCAUUGUGUUACUUUAUACCUGUUUAACACUAAUAUUAUAGGAGGGAAGAAACCGUGGGCUAGUUGAAUGGGUUGAUCCAUUUUGGCCAGCUACAAUGGAGAAUGCAUUGACCAAGUUGUGGGAUAAGUAUGAAGAGUGCAGGAGGAGCAAGAUUGAGGACAAUAUGGAAAGCUCAUUUGCUGUUCACAAUCUGACACAACAGAAGAUCAAGCUGCAGGCAAGUUAUGAGAGGUUGGUUGAAGAUGUCAACGGUCUUUUGGAUGCACAGGAGCAGAGGGCUCAGAUGGAGAGAGGUAAGAUGCAAAACAACCUUAAGAGAGCAAGCUGCAGGAGAAGUAUGACAUGCUCAAGAACCUGACAGUUGCUCAAGCCAAUGUCAUCAGGAACAUGAAGUUGAAGCUUGCUGAAGAGAAGAUUAAGUUGCAGGCCCACAUUGAUGAGCUUGAGAAGGUUGUGGAGCAGACCAAGCUAAAGCUGAAUGGGAUCAAGGCCAUCUUAGAUGAAUGUGCAGUAUAAUGUAAUAUGCUGCUUAUUAGUACCACCAGCAUGGUUAUGGGAUGAUGAGUACUAUAAUUAUGGUUAUGUAAUGACUACUAUUAGAUGAAUGAUCUAGUAAUAUCUGAAUUAUGGUUAUGUAAUGUACCUAUUCAGCAUUAAGCAGUAUCGUGUAAUAUGGUACUCAUUAGUUAUGAUUAUGUAUGAAUCUUCCAGUUAUGCUGAAUCUCAUGAUGUUGGUUGGUUUUGUCAAUGCCGAGAGACCCUAGACUCACUUGCUAGUUUAGUCGACGCCGAGUGACCCUAGACUCACUUGGUUGGUUUUGUCGAUGACGAGAGACCCUAGACUCACUUGCUAGUUUUGUCGACGCCGAGUGACCCUAGACUCACUUGGUUGGUUUUGUCGAUGACGAGAGACCCUAGACUCACUUUGGUGGGUUUCUCGACGCCGAUAGACCCUAGACUCACUUUGGUGGGUUUUUCGACGCAGAGUGACCCUAGACACACUUUGGUGGGUUUUUCGACACCGAGUGACCCUAGACUCACUUUGGUAGGUUUUUCGAUGCCGAGUGACCCUAGACCCACUUUGGUGGGUUUUUCGACGCCGAGUGACCCUAGACUCACUUUGGUGGGUUUUUCGACGCCGAGUGACCCUAGACUCACUUUGGUGGGUUUUUCGACGCCGAUAGACCCUAGACCCAUUUUGGUGGGUUUUUUGACGGCGAGUGACCCUAGACUCACUUUGGUGGGUUUUUCAACGCCGAGUGACCCUAGACCCACUUUGGUGGGUUUUUCCACGCCGAGUGACCCUAAACUCACUUUGGUGGGGUUUUCGAUGCCGAGUGACCCUAGACUCACUUUGGUGGGUUUUUCGACGCCGAGUGACCUUAGACUCACUUUGGUGGGUUUUUCGACGCCGAGUGACCCUAGACUCACUUUGGUGGGUUCUUCGAUGCCGAGUGACCCUAGACUCACUUUGAUGGGUUUUUGACGCCGAGUGACCCUAGACUCACUUUGGUGGGUUUUUCGACGCCGAGUGACCCUAGAAUCAUAGUAAGCAUCAUCGCCACCAGAAUCACCAGCAUCACAACCAACAAACUCAGCAUCUAGUCUAUCCAAAGGCAACAUAUAACAUAAACAUCCAAGACAACCAACAUUGCCAGGUUCUCACAUCCAUCCAAGCCAACAUUUAAGAUAAACAUCCAAGUUCUCACAACCAACAAUGGUUCAAAGCCAACAUAGGCAUCAUAUGUUCUGAAAGCCAACAAAGGCAUAAUCUAGUUGAAAGCCAACAAUGACAUCGUAGGUUCUGAAAGCCAACAAAGGCAUAAUCUAGUUCACAGCCAACACAAAGCCAUCACAUGCCAACAAAGACAAAGGCAUCUAGUUCCCAGAAGCAUAGAAGUACUCUUUCAACUUGUAUGAAGAAGUCCUUUUUCUUCCACUCUGUCUUGGAGCUUGAAAAGUUGACAUGUUUCCUGCAGUAGAGGUAGAGGCUAUGCCAGCAUUGGUAGCUUUCUUCCUGGGAGACCUCCUUGGAGGAGUAGCAGGUGUAGUGGCAGCAGGUGUAGCUUUCUUCCCAGGAGACCUCCUUGGAGGAGCAACAUGUGUAGUGGCAGCAGGUGUAGGAGCAGCAGUUGAUGGAG